AUGGAGGAUAUUCAAAACAGGCCUCAUGAAUUCAUUCAGAAAAUUUACCAUUUGACCUUUUUGGGGCCAAUAAGACUGAUUUACCAACAUCACCUAGGAAUGCACACAUCUCACUUAAUUUUGCAUUAUCUCCUGGAAAUUCCUAUUUAUAUUUCAGCAUCGGUGGGUGAAAAUGUUGAGUUUUAUUUAGCAUUUUUGAAAUGUUGUGGCACUCAAUUUGUUUUAGUUUGUAAUUUUUUUCUGGCAUUUCCUGUGAAGUUAACUAAGUUUGUGCCAAUAAGGUUUGAAAAUAAUACACUUCCGAGCUCAUUUUAUGAGAUGAAAAAACUUGUUAAUACAUUCGAUCUUGGCUAUGAGAAGAUACAUGCAUGCUAUAAUGAUUGUUGUCUAUAUAGAAAGGAGCUUGAACAUGCCGAGGUCUGUCCAAAAUGUGGUUCCUCAAGAUGGAAAGUUAACAAACGGACUAAGAAAAUUGAAAAAAAAGUUCCUGCAAAAGUCUUACGUUAUUUUCCGAUAAUACCAAGACUUAAGAGAAUGUUUGGAAUAGAUGAGAUGGCAACACAACUAAGAUGGCACGCAAGUAAUAAAAGUUCAGACGGCAAAAUUAGGCAUCCGGUUGAUUCAUUGAGUUGGGAAACAAUUAAUAGAAGGUGGCCACAUUUUGCAUCAGAUCCUCGAAAUAUUAGAUUAGGUCUUGCCACUGAUGGAUUUAAUCCUUUCAAAGAUCUAAGCUCUAAAUACAGUUGUUGGCCAGUAAUUCUAACUAUAUAUAACUUGCCUCUCUCAUUAUGCAUGUUAAAGGAAAGUCUAAUGUUGAGUUUAUUGAUCCCGGGACCUAAGCAGCCUGGUAAUGACAUAGAUGUUUUUCUGGCACCACUUGUAGAUGACUUGAUAUUGUUAUGGAAUGAUGGGGUUGAGAUGUAUGAUGCAGUUACGAAGUGCACAUUCAAUUUAAAAGCUAUUUUGAUGUGGACAAUACAUGACUUUCCUGCCUAUGGAAAUAUAUCUGGAUUGCCCGUCAAGGGAAAAAUUGCAUGCCCUAUUUUUCGUGAAGAUACAUAUUCAAUAUGGUUGAAGCAUGGUAGGAAGUUUGCAUACAUGGGACAUAGAAGAUUUCUCUGCUUUAGCCAUCCAUUUCGCAAAAAUAAAAGGUGGUUUAAUGGACAUAUUGAAAACGGUAUUGGGCCGAAGAUGAAAAAUGGUGAAGAAGAUUUUACUGAAGUUGCUAAAAUUACAAAUGAUUGGGGAAAAUGUGGUAAGCCAAAGAGGAAGAAGAAUACAACUCAAUCUCACAUUACGUGGAAGAAAAGAUCAAUAUUUUUCAAUCUACCAUAUUGGAAGACUCUACUUGUACGUCACAAUUUGGAUGUGAUGCACGUUGAAAAGAAUAUUUGUGAUAGCAUCCUCAGUACACUUUUGGAUGUCAAAGGAAAAUAUAAAGAUGACAUUAACUCUCGUAAGGACUUAGAAGCUAUGAACAUUAGGCAUGAUUUGCAUCCUGAGAGUAGAGGAGAUAAAUUCUACCUACCGGCUGCUCCUCACACUUUAUCAAAACCUGAACGAGAAACGUUUUGCAAAAGGCUUGCUAACUUGAGAUUACCUGAUGGUUAUGGAUCUAAUAUUGGAAAUUGCAUUUCGAUGGAAGAAUUGAAGAUAGUUGGACUGAAGUCUCAUGAUUGUCACAUUUUAAUGCAACAAUUACUACCAGUUGCGUUGAGAGGGCUUCUACCUAAAGGAGCAAGGAACUCCAUUUCGAAGUUGUGUUCAUUUUUUAAUGCAAUAUGCCAGAGAGUUGUGGAUAGAAAUAAUGUCGAACAAUUAGAGGAGGACGUGAUAGAGAUUGUACGCAAUGAAGAAUAUGGUAGUGAUUUCUUGGUUGUGGGGCGUACAAUAUCUAAAGGGAAGCCGCUUGUACUGUCUGAUGACAUGUUGAAAGUUGCUCAUCAUUAUGUGUUGUCAAAUAAUACAGAAGUUCAACCAUAUAUAGAGAUGCAUAUGGCUGAACUCAAGAGUUUUGACAAGCGACUAGAAAGAAAUGAGACUUUGUUGCAUAAGAAACACAUUGAUUCUUUUGCUACCUGGUUGGAUGAUAAGAUUAAAUGUCAACUGCUGGUGGACAAUGUUUCGAGCAAUUUGAUGUGGCUUGCACGUGGUCCUAGAUGUCAAUCCAUGUCAUACUCUGGAUUUGUCAUAAACGGUCUUCGAUUUCACACUAAAGAUGCAGAGAAAUCACGUCAAAAUAGUGGCAUUUUAGUUGAGGCAACAACUAUUUGUAGAUCCAGUGCAAAAGAUAAUGCGCAUGCAGUUGGGCAAAUUAUUUAUUAUGGAGUUUUACGUGAUGUUAUAAUUCUUGAUUACAACGCAUUUCAUGUUCCAAUAUUCAAGUGUGAUUGGGCAAAUAUCGUGAACGGAAUAAGAAGGGAAGAUGGAUUCACUCUGGUUAACCUUCAUGAGGGACUCAAACAAUUUGAAAAUGAUCCUUUCAUCUUGGAGACACAAGCAAAACAAGUCUUUUACUCAAGAGAGAAUGAAACAUCCAGUUGGUAUGUCGCUUUACAAGCACCAUCAAGAGACUGUUAUGGUUCACACAUGGAAGAAGAUACUACGUAUGAGAUAACUAUUCCACUAGAUAUAUCACAACGAAAUAUUGAUAAUCUUGAUGAUGAUGAGAAUUAUGCAAGGAUAGGCGUUGAAGGAUUUUUAUGUGAUCCGUAG